AUGCCGAAAACGCGAACAAGGCGGGAGCUGCCCAGUCGGACGAGCUUGAGCGAGCAGGCGAGCCCCCCCGACGAGGGAGGCGAGGAGAGCGAUGGCUAUCAAGCCAGCCAUCACACCGAAGAGAGCGAUGGCUACGAAGCUAGUCAUCACAGCGAAGAGAGCGAUGGUUACGAAGGUAGCCAUCACAGCGAGGACGGCCACAGCGAAGAGAGCGAUGGCCGUGAAGAUGGCCGUCACGAGGAAGACGGCAAUCGCAGCGAAAACCGCGAUAGCAGCCACGCCAGUGACGGCGCCGAGAGUGAGGACUCCGACAAUGGCGACGACGAGUCGUCCAAAGGUCGCGGUCGUCGCGCCGCGGUCAAGUCGCGCAAGAGAAGGCGUCGUCGCACCUCCACCAGUGAGGACGAGCGCCGUCCCGACGUGCCGCGCAGAAUGAGCCGCAGCCUCGACAUGUUCGUCCGCGAGGCGCCCAAGAUGGUCAGCCAGGCACAGCGCUGGAUGGCCAAAAAUCGCCGGCCCAUCGCCGGCCUGGACCAAGUCAAAGAGCUGCUCCCGAGGCUGCCACUCGGCGACAUGUGGACGGCUAAGGACCGUGCCCACGUCGAGAGGCUCUGGGACGAGGAUCCCAUGCGCGAGCGGUUGCUUGACCUCGACCGCAACAAGGACAUCCUCACGCUGUACAAGGCGUGCCUGCGCCUGCUGCGCUGUCUGCCCGAGGACAUCAUCAGCUGCCAGUUCGACCUCGAGUACGACACGGACCAGAACCGGACCUCGAAGACUAAUGGUCGCCCGGGUCUCGUCUGGAGCGCGACGUUCUGCGACGCCCUGACGGCGCUGAUCGUGCAUCCGCUCUUCGAGGGCGAAGUCGCUGUGCUGGCGGCCGCCAUCCAAUACGCCGUCAUCGUCGACACCGGCGACCCCGGCCCCUUCACCGUCGAGGUCCCGGACGACCAUUUCCUGUCCCGUCUGCAGGCCCUGCAGCGGCAGCAGCCCGACAAGCCUGUCGUCGAGCUCAGGCGGGAGCUCCGCUCCGCCCGGCAGCCCAACGCCUUCGGCUUCAAAGUCCGCGGCACACGCUCGUCGCUAGAUCGACUCUUCGAAGCCCUCGAGCGCCUGGCGCCCCGCCGUGACGGCCGGCCAGAGGCCCGCAGGAAGGCCCCGCAACCCUUCCUGGUAGACCGGCGCCACCUCGCCAUGUUGCAGAAGGCGCUCGACUCCAUGGCCCACUUGGGGUUCCCCGUCUUCAUGCCUGGCAACGUUUACAACCGUGGCAUCAACGGCAGGCGGGCCGUGAAGGACUACCCGCAGCGCGCGGACCUGCGUGCGCUCCGCAGCUACGCCAUCCUGCGCGAGCGCGAGCGCGUCCGGUAUAAGGCUCGCUUGCUGGGUUCCGCCGAGCCCCGCGAUGACGCCAACACCGCCGCCGCCGUCGACAGCGACAGCAACACGAAGGACGGACUCCGCCGCUCCAAGCGGUUGCAAAAGCAGGUUUCCGGCGAGCUCUUCAGCGCUGACACUUGCGCUCGUUUGGCCUCGGUUGACGACGACCGUGGAGGCAUCGCCGCGUCCCCAAUCUCGGUUUCGGAGCCCCCCAGCGACGCGGAGAUGCCGGACGUUCAAGUGCCUGCGAUCGCUGGUACUCCGGCCGUCAGCGAUCUGUCAGAAACUGAGCGUCCGUCCCAAUCCCCGGAUCCGGUAGUGUCCGAGCUUGCUUCGCAACCCCCAGGGGACGAGGACAUGCCGGACUUCCCAGACGUCGUCGACAUGGAUGCGGCCCCCCUUGUGGACGACAGUGUUUCUGGGACUCCCCGUGACGUUCCCGACGAAGAGAGAGAGGUGCCCUCCGAGGACAGGCUGGUUUCGGUCUUUCAUAACCGCGAUAUUAGGGAUCCAGAGGCGUUUACCACCGUCCCCAUCGUCGAGCAAACCAUGAGCGACCAGGAAUCGCAUCGAGACAUGGCCCACCAAGAUCGGAAUAAGAAGAACACCAUGGCCGCUGCUUUCGCCGCCAUCCGCGAUUGCGAGACUGCGCUCGCGCUGGCGCAUGCUCAGUGGCCCGAAGUUGGCUCCGACCCGGAGUCCAAAGCAAGAGAAUCGGGCGUCGCCUGCGCUGUCAUCGUGUUGCGACACGUGCUCGCCAAUCUCGUGUACACACUAAGAGAGGAGUUUCUCGAUGACGUCCGAGGCGACUGUUCCGACAGCCACAACGUCCUGUCGACGACGUGUCCGCUGCUUGCUGCGGCGCUUGCCCUCCACGCUGACGUCGCCGCGGGACUCUGCACCCGCAUACAGAACUCGCUCAGCCCGCAUCAGCUCACGUUCGAGAGUCUGAUGACGAGCGACUCCAUGCAGGCCGCCGCCUGGAGCAGCGACUGUUUCCGCUUCUUCAACGAGUCGUUCUGGCGGGUCACCGAUCUCGCGCCUUGGCGCGAUGUUCCCGGCCACAUCAAGCUGCCCACCGACCAGGAGUUCCUCACCUGGGACGGGUCUGGGCCUGGAAGUCUUUCCGACCACGUGAGCCGCUUCAGCCAUCUGAUCCAACAUAUUGAAACCGGCUACCAGCUGGUCAGGUUUGUGAAUGCGCCUCCGGUGUUGCGGCUGCGGUUCUCCACCCAGGACCGCAACCUGAGCUUCUACGGAGACCUCUUCGAGUUCCGGCUGCGGUUGUUGCGCGUCGCAGAAGACGACCCCGCCGAGGUCACGUACCGCUGCGUUGCCGUCGUCCGGCUCCGCGAUGCGCCAGACGGGCAGGACAGUCUACGCCUCUACCGCGUCGACGGGUCUGUGUACCAGCCCCGGAACGAGGCGCCGUGGUCCCACGACUUUCGCGUACAGGACGGAGGGCAGUACAUGCUCUUUUUCGUUCGGAGUGACGCACUCCCAAUUGACGUCAAGCCUCUGUCCGACGGUCUCUACCACCCGAACGCCGAGUAUUCCAAAAUCGCCUUGGCGUUCACUCAUGCGCUGGUAAUGGAAUGCUUGGCCGGCACAGGAGAGAUGGGCGACACGACCCUUUAA